AUGCUCAAGGAGGCCUUCGAGCGGACGCACGGCGACGUUGAGGAGGCCUCGGCCGCCCUCUGCAUGGCCUUCCGCGAGGACGGCGUGCCCGAGGAGCCCCUGCUGCGUCGCAGCCAGAGCAGCCUUGGGAGUCGGAACCACAGCAAGGUGACCAUCUACACCGACCAUGGCAGUGGCAGCGAGAGCGACUUCGAGCUUCCCAAGCCGCAAGAACCGAGCUACGUGCAAUAUUACACAGAGCGCCGCGCACGCAGCCCGCCGAAAGAGGGCAGGGCUGAGGCGGAGGAGGAGGUGCCGCUGAAGCUCUCGGAGCAAAGACCUGCUGACGCCCUUGCCGAAGUUGAGACGGACGACAGCAAUGGCGAAGUCUCUGAGCAGGUGCUGCGGCAGCAGGCCGUCGUCGACGUCAGUCGUAUGAGCAAGGCGAGCUCGCUGACCCGAGACCAAGAGACUGGUGCCACAAAGUCAGUCAGAAACAGACAGCGCGACGCCGACUCAUUAGUGACUGGUGACGUGCUCGGUCUGAGUGCCUGGUAG